AUGUCAGGAGUGUCUUCUAAGUUUAAAAGAAAGAUAUCUAAAAAUUCAUGGCAUUUAGAAACAACGACUAUCGCAGAGUUGGCUUCAGUUUUGGAUUGUAAUUACUCAGAGUUGUUUGAUGAAUUCAUCGAUUUUAAAAAUGACACCAAUGUAGAAGUUCUGUUCAAAGAAAAAGAGCAAACAGGGAAUAUGUGGAGUUUUGGAGUAUUGUUCCCCAAAAAUAUAAGUGUCCAAAGAUGUGCCCAAAUACUACUAACAUUAUUUGGAUCUACGUAUGUAUACAAAUCGUCUUUUUCAAAAAUGAAAUACAUAAAGACCGUGUACAGAAACAAACUUACAGAUUCUCAUCUGGAUGAUGUAAUAAGGACAGCAUAUAGUGACAAACCAGAUAUUGAAAAAGUUUUGAAAAAGUGUUUACAGUAUCAAAAAUCGCUUUAA